GCUGCACUUGAAUAAGCUCCCAACCCAACCGAACCGCCGAGUUAGACCACACCCAAAACACUGCUAACUCAAACAACUGCCAAUCAUUCUCCCCCAAAUCCCAGUUUAUUUGUUCAAGCAGCGGCAAGCAAUGUGAAACAGAGUUGAAAAUCAUGUCAAGCCCAAGUCCCAGUUCAAGAAAUUCCUACUCUCCUCCGAACAUUGCAGAAACCGACAAUGACUCACCUCAAACCCUCGAUUCUCUAAACCAUUAUUGCGAUUCUCCGACCACUCCAGAAAGCGAAAAUGACUCAAACCAAACCCACACAGAAUGGAGCCAAGACCACCGCACAAAUUACGACUCUCCGACCACCACCUCAGAAACCGACAACGAUGAUGAUGAUUACGACGAUCGAUCGUCAAAACGGCCGAGGAAGAAUAGCACUGUCGAUGAACUCAGUACGUUGCCUGACUCCUUACUCAUUUCCAUUCUAUCUUUCUUACCAAUCCAAUACGCGAUUCGAACCUCUGUUUUGUCGAAACGAUGGCGAUUCCUCUGGACUUGUGUUCAAUCCCUAUUUUUCUAUUACCGACAUUGUUAUGAUGACGGAGACAAAAUUCGUGACUUUGUUAGCUUUGUUACCAAAACCCUAGUCCUCUACAACGGUUCUAGGCUCCAGAAAUUCUGGGUUGAUUUCGAUUACGAGUCUCGUUUUGCUCAUAAUGUGAACGUGUGGAUUUUCCGAGCAAUAUCCAAGGGGACGGAACAGAUUCGCCUUGAAUUCUGCUCUGCGGAGGGGUAUUUGGGUGAGAAUGAUCGUUUUGUGUUGCCGCAGAUUUUGUAUAACAAUUCAUUUUUCAGAGAAUUGGGUUUUUCUUUGUGCAUUGUGAAGCCUAAAGAAGUUGUUUCAUGGAAUUCGCUGAAGAAAUUGUCAAUUGGGUAUGUGAAUUUGAGUGAAGAUGUGAUUCAGAAUAUAUUAUCGGGUAGUCCUGUUUUGGAGACCUUGGAAUUGUACGACUUUUAUGGGUUGGAUCGUUUACAGGUUGAUAAUGUGAAUUUGAAAAGAUUGAUCCUGAGAGGAUAUUGGUUUUUUGACUAUGGAUUUGAUGCAAUUGAAGAAGACUGCUCUGGGUUGAAAAUUUGGUCUCCUCAUGUUCGUUCAUUGGAGAUUUCGGGUUGUUUUGGGAGGAAGAAUUGUUGGCUGGAGGAUGUAUCGUCUUUGGUUGAUGCAACCCUCAAUUGUUUUUUCAUAAGCUGUGCUGAUGAUUGCAAUGAUGAUUAUGAGUGGUUUCAAUAUAUUUUAAGAGGACUUCUUGAGAGUCUUGGUCAUGUCAAGAAUCUCACAUUAGGUACUUGGGCUUUGCAGGUACUAUCAAUAAUGGAAGCAAAAGGCUUGUGUUCUCCACGGUCAAAGUGCGAAUAUUUGACACUUGAUAUGCCCCUCAAAGGAUCAGUCCUCCCUGGAAUAGCAAGUCUGUUGGAAAGUUCACCUUUUCUCGAGACAUUAGUCAUAACCAUGUCCUCUUCCAGCAAUAGGGAGUAUUUUUGGGGCAAACUCAUCGAAUUAUACGAUUUUAAUGGAGAACAAUAUUGGACAUCACAGAAGAAGACUUUCAAGUGUUUGAUGAUGCAUCUGAAAACAAUCAAGUUUGCUAAUUUUACAUGGAAUUACUGUGACUUAAACUUUUCUUUUGCACAAUUUCUGCUAAAGAAUGCAAGGGUGCUGCAAAAGAUGAUUGUCAAUACACGAUGGGAACAUGCUGAAAAGCCGAAAAAACUUUCCCAAGCAGAUCAAAAGUUGUUGUUAAGCUUUCCAAGAUCCUCCCCCAAUGCAGUAGUUGAGUUGUGUGUGUGAAAUGAACAACUCAAUUAAUUCCACUUUCUUAGUGAAAUCGUGUACUUUUUUUCUACUACUAUUAUUGUUAUUAUCAUGUAUUUUUCAUUUUUGUUUUUUUUUUGCUUUUUGUAAAGCAGCUUGUAUGUAUGUAUGUAUUUUUUUUUAUUUUUUAUAUUUUUUUUAUGUGUGUGUGGAACUAAAGCAGCUUGUAGUUUAUUAGAUAUUAUUUUGUUUAUGUCAACAGGUUGAACUUA